AUGUGGGAUCCAUCGUAUACUGGAGAAGACGAAUUAUCAACAUUGGUCUUAGAUCUAGGAUCUUCGAAGUGUAAAGCUGGCUUUGCUGGAGAUGAUGGUCCCCAGUCUGUAUUUUCUUCUGUAGUGGGUAGAAACAGAAUUGCUGGGAAUGAGGCGUCUGCAGGUAAACAGGAAGCAUACGUUGGGUAUGAUGUUCAAGAAACAAAGGCAGCAUUAUCUAUAACUCAUCCAAUAGAACAUGGUAUUGUAACUAACUGGGAUGAUAUGGAAAUUCUUCUAAAUUAUAUUUUUAAUAAAGAAUUGAGAGUUUCACCUUCAGACUAUUCAAUAUUAGUGACCGAACCUCCAUUAAAUCCCAAAUCUAACAGAGAAAUUAUGACGCAGAAUAUGUUUGAGAAAUAUGAAGUACCAGCUUAUUAUAUGAUACUACAAUCAAUAUUAACUCAAUACAGUUGCGGUAGAGUUUCAAGCAUCAUGGUAGAAGUCGGUGGGGGUAUAACGCAUAUACUGCCUAUAUAUGAAGGUCAUGCUAUACUACCCGCUGUUAAAAGACGAGAUUUCGCUGGUCGUGACUUAACUAAUUAUCUACAAGAAUUACUGAACCACAAGGGUUAUAGUUUCUGUACCUACCGUGAACAAGAGAUAGUACGUGAUAUAAAAGAACAAUGUUGUUAUGUAGCAUCAGAUUAUGAACAGGAAAUGUUAGAUCCGACAGCCUGUAAAGAGAAGAGUUAUGAAUUACCGGAUGGGACUAAAAUUACCCUGGAUAAUGAAAGAAUAGCUUGUCCUGAAACUUUAUUUCAACCUCAUUUGUUUGGACAUCAAGAAAAGGGUUUAGUAGAUUUGAUAUACCAAUCGUUAAUGGAUAGUGAUAUUGAUGCUCGACUUGAUCUUUUUUGUAAUGUUAUUUUAUCGGGUGGUACAACUUUGUUACCUGGCUUCCAUGAAAGGCUUCUGAAGGAGUUAGACGAACUUAUUCCGAAAAGAAGAACCAAAGUAAUAGCAUCCCCAGAAAGACAAUACCACGUUUGGAUAGGAGGAUCAAUUUUAGGUUCAAUGACAACAUUUCGUCAAAUGUGGAUAACUAAACAAGAAUACGAGGAACAUGGACCAAAUAUUAUCCAUAAACGUUGUGCUCUGUGA